AUGCAGGAGAGCAGCAAGAAGAAUGUGCUUCGGUGCAUCAGUCAGCAGGAUAGCUUGGAAGACAUGGAGUUUCUUCCUUUGCCAGAGAUCGAGGACGUGACGAGUUCGCUCAACUUCGACACCGCCGAUUGUCACAUCCUAGGGGGCUGCGACCUCUACACCACCAAGGCCGCUCGAGCCGAUCGGAAACUGUACAAGAACAUCGAACAAUCACUCGAAUCCCAAUAUGAAUCGGUGCUGCGUCUGUCGGCAUCGCUAUCCCCGCCAAAUGCGACCGACGCCGCCGCGUCGCUGAAUUUAUCACGUGCCAGUCCGUUCGGGCCCCUGAGUGAACACUCGAGUCGUCGGACAUUUGCCUAUCUGAUCGCGACACUGAACGCGAGUCACCCGGAUUACGACUUUUCCCACGUCUUGCGCCCGACGGACUUUCAUCGCGAGCGAAAUUUGAAGCGCGUGAUGAACACGGUCGACACGACCCUAUUCAACCUGCGACCGCGGGAAGCGAUCGACGUGACCCCCCCGUCGCCCGGCACGAUAUCCGGUUCCUACAAUGCAGAAGCGUCAUCCACAUGGGGACCAAGGAUGUGGAGGAUCAUCGACGAGCAAAUGUCGCUGAAAGAGUGUUCGAUCUACUCCUACUCGCCGGACGAGGACCCGUCAGACGCGGACGAUGGCGCGAUCUGGAGUCUCCACUACUUCUUCUUCAACCGUCUACGAAAGCGCGUCAGCUACCUCUAUCUCCGUGCCAUCCCCAUCCUAAGUCACACGCCGAGCGAAGGCCUCGCGACUCCCACGACGAAGCGGACGUUCGACGACGGAUAUCUCACGCCCGCCGACACGGGAUCCAGCAAACGCGCCCGGUACUGGCUGGGAGACCAAGCCGAGCUCGAGCCGGAGACCGAAAGCGAAGAAGAGGACAACACGAGGCCAACGAGGCCGGUGGUUGACGAGUAUGAUAACUACAUGCUCAGCGACGAGGAGUUCCGGUCCCGGUCCGGCAGCAAGGCAACUGUGCGCGCCAUGAGCGAGGAAAUUGCCGACUCAAUGGACCUGUAA